AUAGCGUUUCACUUAUUACAACGAACACAGGCCACGGAAACAAUGGUUGAGCGUAUAGAGCUUAAUUAAUAGCUAACCUAAAUGCUUCGAAGGAAAGUUCAUGGCUGUAGUAAGGACGCGACCUACUCUGUACGUAUAGGAUUAUGACCUAACCGUCAUCUGUGUCUUUUAGCAAGCAACUUAUAAUGACCGGUAAUAGAAAAGCUUGAGAGGCUCCGGGGGACCGUGGCCAGCAGGGUCGCGUCUCCCCGGAGAACUUUUACACGAAAUGAACACAGGAAGCAUACGCGAACUGGCGGCGGCGACGACGGUCCGGCAUACGCAAAUGGACCCGUCGGGGCCCCCGCCCUUCACCCAUUCUCGGCUCCGCGGUUACGCUAGCAGGGUCGAAGGCCUGCUAGACCCCAAGGUGGUCCUCAGCACCUCCGUCGCCCUCACCAGCGCCGGCCUAGCCGACCCGCUGCCGCACACCUCCUCCGGAUCAGCCAACAUCUCGGGAGCAGGCGGCACCGCAACAACAGCUGCAGCAGCAGCGGGUGGUGGUGCUGGCGCCAACAGCAGCAGCCCCCUCAUGCAACAGCACCACCACCAGCAACAGCAGCUAGCCGCUGCAGCCCACGCACACUUCGCCUCGCCCUCCUCACCCCAGCUAGGCGUCCUCCCAACCGCCGCGGCUCCUACCACCGCCGCCGCCGCCAGCGGCCCCGGCGGCCACCUGGCAUCCUCCAUGCUGGCGUCACGCUCUCCGCACAUGCAAAUGCUGCCGCCGUCUCCCCAGCAAACCGUCACCACGGCCGCCUCAGCCACCCCGCCGCCACCCUCUCCUCCACAGCAGCAACAACAGCAGCAGCUGCCGCUGCCGCCGACGGCGGCCUGGCCGCCCUCACCCCAGCCCGCAAGCACGGAGGACCUGGCGGCGGCCCUGUCGCAAAUCCAAAACCUCAAAGCGGAGAUUGCGGGGGUCGAAACGGUGCUCGGCUACCUCAAGGGCUCCGAAACCGCCGCCACCACCACCACCAUGGGACGUAAGGCCCACAAACUGCCCUCCCAGGAGCAGCUCAGAGCGCGCGCGGAUGCGUUGGCUGCCAGUAAGGCCGCUGCUGCCGUACGACUCAACCCCCACCCCCACCACCCCCAUCACGGCAGCGAUGCGGUGUUGCUCAUGCCGCUGAGGGCAAGCACGGGACAAGGCGUUGGCAUCGGCAUUGGCGGUGCCGGUGGGGGUGGGGGUGGGGGCAAUGGGGUAUCCCCAGCGCGUGCGCGCUCCGCUGGUGAAGCCGGCGGAGCGGGCGGCGGCGGUGGCGCCAGCGCCCCCGGCGUGUUCGACGUGUUAUCCGCGGAGACGAAGCUGGGUCGCACGUGGCGGCUGCCCCGCGGCCCGCAGCCGGUGGGUCGCGGCGAGGCGGUGAUCCUGGAGGCGGCGCUGGACGAGGCGCUGCCGCCGGGAGCCAUCACGGCAAAGUACGGCAGCGGCGGCGCGGCGGCGGCUGCGGCGGCGGAGGCGGCGUUCUGGGGUGAUGGGGACGUACGGCGGGACUUUGACAUGCUGGUGAUGGUGCAGCGGGAGGUGGCGCGGCAGGUCGCUGGCCAGUGUGUGGAGCGGGGCCGGGUGAUAGAGAAGCUGGCUGACCGGCAGGCGGAGAUCUUCACCGCCAUCACCGCGGGCGCCAAGUCGGCGGGUGAGGCGCAGCGGGGCAUGGCGGAGCAGCUGGCGGCGGUGACGGCACGGGCAGCGGAGCAGGCCUCCGAGCUGGCCUCCCUGCGCUCCGAGCUGGCGCUGCGCGGCGCUGCGCUGGAGGACGUGCGCGGGCAGCUGGCGGAGGCCACCACCGCACACGAGCACUACGUGUGGGAUGCGGAGCAGGAGGUGGAGCAGCUGCAGGCGCAGGCGGAUAUCCUUGCCGCCGAGGUGGAGCACCUGCACAUGCGGCUGGGCGAGGCGGUGGCGGAGAAGGACGCGGCGCUGAGUCGCGGGCUGGCGCGGCUGGAGGGCGACCUGGCGGCGGUGACGGACGAGCGGGACGACCUGGCGCAGCGGAUUCGCUUCCUGGAGAGGCAGCUGCACAAGCUGCGCACCGAGAUGAACGCGUGUGUGGCCACCCGGGCAGUGGAGGUGCAGACGGAUCCGGUGGAGGGCUGGGAGCACAGGGAGGAGGAGGAUGUGCCGGACGACAACAGCGACACGCCCUCCCUGGCUGAGAUUCGCGCUCGCUACGCGGCGCACGGCUACGGCGCGCUCACCCCCGAGGAGCGCGUGCGGCUGGGUUUGCCGGCGCACAUGGACACGGAGGGCGGCAGGGAGGCCAAGGGGCGCAAGCGGAGGAGGGCGCUGGGGCACUUCCAGGGCCUCAUCUCCACCGACAGGCCGGGUCGUGUUCGCGGGUUGCAGUGGACCAUCAACGCGAUAUCGGCCAUGUACUACGAUAAGGUGCACGCCGACACGGUGAGCGACCGCGAGGGCAACCCGCGACCCCGCCUAGCCGAGUUCGCGGUGGAGUGGCACAUGACGCGAUUCGGGCUCCGAAACUUGGCGGAGCUGAAUCUGCUGGAUCUCAUUGCGAGUGUACGACACCACUACAAGACGUCCGUACGAGUGCGCUGGUUUGGGCAGUUCACGGGCCUGGUUGAGGUGGGCGACCAGGUGGACACCACCCCGCACCUCUCCUACUACCUCGCCUGCCUCACACACCUGGCAGCACCCUCCUCGCUCACCUCGCUAUUCCCCGACACGGGAGGCGAGGAGGGAGGCACGCCGCCGGUGGCGAUCAAGGCGGCGGCGCUGCCCGAGGCAAUCAAGACGAUAUUCAAGUACCUGAACGACCCAGAUGGCGCCGCCCCCUUCCUCUCCCGCGCCGUGGAGCCGCUCACCGACCCCGCCUCGCAGCUGGUGCCGCUGGACCCGCUGCUGGCGCUGCUCAUGGCGGAGUACCAGAAGAGGUGGGAGCGCAGCGGAGCGCACCUGCGCGCCCUCUUCCGCGCCGGUGACGUGGACGACGACGGGCUGGUGGGGUACGACGAAUUCGCCGCCAUCGUACGGCAGCUGCUGCCGGGAUCUGAAAGUACGGCAAGCGCGGAUCGUACGAUUGGCAAGAUGUACGGCGAGGCCAUGCGGCGGCUGGCUGAGGGGCAGGUGCUGGUGGACGUGGACACCUUCCUAUCGGUGGCUCGAUCCUUCGGCUUGGACCGCUGGCGAGUGGAGGCCGCCCCCCUCCCCCAGUCGCACCUCUCCCUCUCCGCGCACCCCAGUGCGGCCCUCCUCAACAUCCCCGGACUCACCAGCGCCUACAACCUCAGCCUACCCGGCCUGCCCGGCAACGCCACCUACCCCCAGCAGCCCUCCCCCUCCCCCUCCACCACCGCCACCGGCACCGGCUCGCGUCCCACCACCAAUACGACCGUUCUGGAGUCCUCCGCGACGAGUGGGAGUCCGCGUGCCGGCAUGGGGGCGGGAAGGCGGCAGCAGCUGGCGGGCACGUCGCGAGGGGUCCUGGCGGCGACGGCGAGUGGGACGGCGCUAGGGGUUGGGGGAGCAGGAGGAGGAGGAGGAGGCAAGGGUGGGGGUGGAGGUGGGGGGAAUACGCCGUCGAAUCUUCGGAAGACGGAGAGUGUGGUUGGGUUGAACGAGCAGGACAGGACGCUGCUGCGUGUGCUGGAUGGCGCACUGGAUGCACUGGAGCCGGCCCUGGAGGACCAGGUGGAGCAGCUGCUGGAGCGGUUGCGCGGUGCGGUGGCGGCGGCGCAGCAGCAGCAGGCGGCGGCCGCUGCGGCGGUGGCGGCACUGCCGGGUCUGGAGCUGGGGCCCAGUGCGCGGGAGCUGUCGGCGGCGGUGACGGAGGAGGGAGCGCUGAUCUCCAAGCUUCAGUCCCAGUACUCGCACUUCCGCUCCGUGUACGGCGAGCGCACCGACCCCGCGGCAGCCUGGCUGGCCUUCCGCAUGCUCAUGGCCACACUGGCAGCGGCAGCGCAGGGCGCCCGACCCCGUCUGGGCACCGCGCAGGGCCACCGCCCCGGCAGCGGCUCCACCCGCAACGGCGUGGUGGUGGGCUGGGCGGGCACCCGGUCCGCCCUGCGGCUGGCGGUGCCCGCGCUGCCCUUCAGAGCCGGCAGCAGCCCCCUCGCAAAGCACCACUCGCAGCAGAGCGGGCUGGGACCGCUGGGGGGAGCGGGAGGAGUAGGAGCGGGAGGCGGAGGAGGAGGGGGAG